AGCCGGGCCGGCCAGGCAGGUAGGUGUUUGGGGCGGGCUAGGCAACUCAGCCUUCCCGGGUUACCUGAGGCAAGAGGGCGGGGCCUGCGACUGUUCACUCUUCCCGUCUGGCCCCGCCCCCUCGUCCCAGGCCGGCCGAGCAGCCCUAGAGUUGGAGUUGGGAAGUGCUCGGGAAGCCCGAGGGUGGACACCUCCUCCUCCGCUCUGCUGCCGCCGCCCUAAAGCUUUGGCCCGGCCGGCCAGUCUUGGGAGCAAGGGGCGCAUGGAGGGGCCCGUAAUCCUCUGCCUGCUAUGGGCUGCGGGGGUGCUUGGCACCCCCGCCACCUCCUCGGAGAUCCCAACCGAAGCCCACCCUCCACCUGUGAUCAAUUUCAGUGUUUCAGUGAAGAAUCUCUGUACAAUAUAUUGGAUUUGGAGUCCUCCUGAAGGUGUCAAUGCAAAAUGUGAGCUGUGGUAUAAAAGUCACUUGGGGGAGGAAAAGGUACUGUCUAAUUCAAUGAUGGUUAGUAAAAAUAACUUUCGGAUUGAAGAAGUGGCCCUUAAUGAAAGAAUUUGCCUCCAAGUGACAUCACAAUGCAAUGUGGAGAGCACAAAUACUAGUGACCCUGUAGAGAUGUGCAUCGAGCCCCCUCAAGGUGACCCAGAGACGGCUGUAAAGAGACUGCAGUGCAUUUGGCACAACUUGAGCAAGAUGAAUUGUAUAUGGCUCCCUGGGAAGACGGCACCUCCUGACACAAAGUACAUUCUGCACUACUGGUACAACACUCUGGAGAAAAGUCUGCAGUGCACAAACUUCUAUGUGGAGGGACAAUUCAAUGGAUGUUCUUUUGAUCUGCUUGAAAAAGACGUUUCCUCUUCUGAUAAAAUUCAAAUCAUGGUCACGGAUACAACUGGAGCAAUUAGACCUUCCUAUAAUAUCAUUAAUUUAAACAAUGUGAAGCCGGAUCACCCCAUCCUGACAAACCUCUCCCUCCAGAAUGCCAGCUUGUACGUGGAGUGGGAAAGUCCAGCCAACUUUCGCAGCAAUUGCUUAGUUUACCAGGUAGAAGUCAACAACAGCAAGUCAAUGGAGCACAAGGUUCACGAGCCCAAAAGCAAAUGCCACAUCUCAGAAACUCCUCCAGAACCUGAAGGAAAUUCAAAGAAUAAACAUUGUUUUGUGAUCCAUGAUGUUGACCCUGAUGCUCCAUAUACAGUCAGAGUGAGAGCCAAAGCCAGUAGGUUUUGCUUUGAAGACAAUGACCUCUGGAGUGCUUGGAGCCAAAAAAAGCAUAUAGGCCAGAAUCAUGACUCCAAGAUUCACACCAUCACCUUACUCUUCAUUCCAGUUGCUAUCUCCAUCUCUACUCUUCUGCUGCUGCUAUAUUUAAAGAGACUGAAAAUCAUUAUUUUUCCUCCAAUUCCUGACCCUGGGAAGAUUUUUAAAGAGAUGUUUGGUGACCAGAAUGACGACACACUGCAAUGGAAAAAGUAUGACAUCUAUGAAAAACAAAUUAAAGAAGAAACUGAUUCAGUGGUGCUGGUUGAAAAUCUGAAGAGGACCUCUCAAUAGAGUGAAUAAUUUAUUUGGACAUCUACCAGGAAAUGUCUCCCAUUCUCCAUUAGUUACCUUGAAAAUCAUUCAGUGAAAGCUGAAAGCAUUGGGCCAGUUACUUCAGAAGAGAUAUGUUGUAAAGCCAUUUCAGGUACACACGCUGUACGACUGAAUGCAGAGAAAGGAGUGGGCCAUUCUCAUAUGGUGGUUACAAAAUUACUAUUGGGAGAAACCACUUUCUUGGGAAGGCUACCUAAGCCAAAGCCAACAAACCAAAAAGACGAUGGCAUCAAGAGUAGCUCAUGAAAACUCAUGCCAGUUUCUCUUUCACCAGUUCACACCAGACGGCAGUGUAUUGUAGAAGACUAAGCAGAGUACAUUUACUUUCAUCCAGAAAUCCUGAUGAGUUGAUAUACUUCUAUUUUUAGCCUCCUCAGCAGUUUGUUGCCUUUCUUGACUCAUGGUAAGAUGGAACCCAAAGUGCCUUUCAAUGCCUGUCCUGAUGCUGCUCUGAGAAAAAGUGGUAUGUGACAAGCCUACCAGGAUGAAAAGCCUUCACUUGCUUCAUUUGGACUUCCUUGGCAUCUUCCCUUUCUCGUAACUGAAACAUCUUUUGGAGAUGAUUUUAUUACAGUCUACCAGUAAGAAAUGGGCUAAUUACAGCAGCAAGUGGUGGGCCCAAUUGAGAUGUUGGUCCCUUCAGAUGCGCAGCUCUGCUAAUGUGUAUACUGGACAAAAAGACGAAUUCCUAGCUUUCGAGGUCUUCUUCAUCUGUUCUUGAAGGGGCUUGUGUCAGGUGACCAAUGAUGUAAAUCAGGAGUACAUUUUGGUGGACCUGCAGGAAUCUGCCUGCCUUUUGAGUCUGCACCAGUAUUUACAAGCCCAUGUUGGCAGUGACAACAACCAAAAUGAGGUCAGAGUGAACCCCCAUCUCAAGGCCUUGGAAAGCCACCAAAGCCCCUCGAAGCAAAUGGGACUACAGGAGUCUUUGCCUUGCUUUGGACAACAAGUAUUGAGCACAUGUUGUGUGUGCCCCAGUGUGGAAGCCAGAAACAAAGGUGAAGACAUAAUGCCCUUAGAAUGUAUUAUCCAUUUGGAGGCUCUUGUUCAUUGCUGUAUUUGCCCACCCCUUUCCCUCCUUUCAUUUUGUAGACUUGCCCUGUUUCCCAAGUUCUCCCCUGACCAGCAGAGAAUGCAGGGAAUUAGCAAACUGAGGAAAACUAAGUGGGUGUUGGUAAGGACCAGAUAUCCCCCCCACCCAUAUUCUUCUUUCCUCUUUGCCCUGCACUCUGGCUUAAAGUAAGUGUGGGCAGGUCAGAUGAUAUUUAAGGGGUGUGCACGCUUUGGUUUUGUUUGGGGGGGGGGUUAAGGCUACAUCUGUUAUUCAGUUUUUGAUAUUAAAGUGCAAAUGUUUCUGCAUGUUUUCUAA